AAGUGUGUUUUAGAAGAGAAGCUAGCUUCAUGGUUAAACGGCUGUAAGCAGCAAGCAGACGGAGCUACGAUGCUCUCAGUUUUCAUAAACCGGGGAGCAAUUUAACCGAGGGAGGAGAAGCAGCUCGAGUUUCUGUCCCCAGACGAUCGUUUCAUCAUCGAGUAAAUCAUCGGGAGGCUGUCAGAGCCCGGGGGGAGUGUUUGCUGUGUCCCGGAGCUGCUGCUAGGCUUGGGCAGGACAGGGCGGGGUGAUGUUUAGGUUCCGGUAUAAAGCCUGCACGAAAAUGGGAAUCCGACGAGUUGUGGAGCCGGCUGCAGACGCUGCUGUUAUUCACCGGAGACUAGAAUGAGAAGUCUACCGUUCUGGGGUGACAGGGCGGCGGUGUAACGGUCUGGGGAGGCCGCUGGCGGGGGAGAUCGGUGUCUCUGCGGCGCCCCUCCGCCCCCUGUCCGUCAGUACGAUGAGGACGCUAUUUACAUUCUGUUGUCUCUUCCUGAUCCCGGACCCAGCGUGGGCGAGCGGAAACCUGACAGUCGACGGCAGCAACGACGCGAACCUGACGGCCGACAGCAGCAGCAGGUUUCUCAGGAUCGGGGACGGGUCUUCGCAGGAAUUCGAGUUUCCUGAAAGCACCAACGGCGUGAUUGUAAUCUCGAGCCGGUACAGGAGCUCCGCGACCAGCAGGAAGGGCCGGCAGAGCUGGAAGCAGACUGUGAAAGUCCGCUCCCUGGACCCGGAGGUUCUCUCCAUUCUUAACGUGACGGAUAGUGGACACGCAGGACCAGCCAGGAGCUACAUCAUCAGCAUCCGCUCCGGGUUCCCAGGCAGGGCUCAGCUUGAGAUCCAGCUGCUGGACAUGGACCAGGAUUCGGUCCCGGUUCUGAUUGAGGAGAGGACAGACUAUACCAUCAGAGUGGCGCCUGAGAGUGAUGACCCGGCCACCCGACUCAUCCAGUCGGGUGGCCUGUCCCACUUCUCUGAGAACCCUGUGCUGUUUGCCUUGCUGCCCCUCAUUUUUGUCAACAAGUGUGCCUUCGGGUGCAAGGUGGAGGUGGAGGUGCUGCGGGGUCUCCUCAGGAGCCCUGUACCUCUGCUCCUAGGGGUACUGGGUCAGUUCAUGGUGAUGCCUUUGUAUGCUUACUGUGUUUCUCGGCUGGCCGCUCUGCCCAAAGCUCUCUCUCUAGGCCUGGUCAUCACCUGCUCGGCCCCUGGUGGAGGGGGGGGCUACCUGUACAGUCUGUUGCUGGGUGGAGACGUCACCCUGGCUAUAUCCAUGACUCUGGUGUCCACAGUAGUGGCAGCAGCAGCCAUGCCUUUGUCAUCAGCUUUCUAUGGGUGGCUGCUUGGAGUGCACGCAGCCUUGCAUGUGCCAUUUGUGAAGAUCCUGGGCACCCUCCUCUUCAUCGCCAUCCCCAUCUCACUGGGCAUGAUGGUGAAGCUGCGGCUGCCCGCCCUCACACGCGUCCUGCUCAAACUCAUACGCCCAUUCAGCCUGGUGCUCAUCGUUGGCGGUAUCUUCAUGGCUUACCAAAUGGGUGCGUCCAUCCUGGCCAACGUCCGGCCUCAGAUUGUGGCAGUCGGGGUGACAGUGCCUUUGCUGGGGCUGGUGGUAGGAGCCAUCCUGGCCAAGCUGGCGGGCCUGCCCCCGCCUCAGAGGAAGACGGUCAGCAUAGAGGUGGGCGUCCAGAACAGCCUGCUGGCGCUUGCCGUCAUGCAGCUGUCCUUCCGCCGAGAGGAGGCAGACUUUGCAUCCCAAGCACCCUUCAUCGUGGCCCUCAGCAGCACCUCCGAGAUGCUGCUCAUCGUCCUGGGGUACUUUGCCCAGCGGAGGUUGUGUGGGUCCCCCGUCCCCAGGAGUGACGCCUGAUUGUAGCCACAGUCCUUUUACCAAACUUUUUUCAAGAAUGAACCCUUUCAAACCUUUGGAAGUUUGGUUUUCCACAGUCUGGGCUACGAGACGCCCAACAAUCACCGAUCCAUUCCUCACUGUUGUGGUACGCAGGACAGUGAAUGGACUCUUUUGUGUUUUGUCGUUGUUUUCGUAUUUUUCAUGAAAACCAAAGGCCUUUUACCCCUCUGAGACCUUUUUGUGUUGAUUUUACAGUAUGUACUUUUUAAAUCAGAUUAUACUGUGAGGUACGUAAUGUAAAUAUUCCUAAGAAGAGAAAUACCUAUAAAAGAAAAGAUAUUUUUGUACCAGAUUACUUUUUGUAAUCAAAAGCAAAGAUUGAUUUGCGUCAUGUUUACAAGAGGUCCAUGUGUCUUAGCCUGGGGGAGUGUGGCGGGGGGGGGGGUUAAGUGGAAUCAUUUGUGAAUCAAACUGGAACAUGAUGAUGGUGUUUUGAAAGUAUUUGCUACUGAUUGUGUCUCCUGGAUCUGUGAAUCCAUGUACUUGAAUACUGGAGAGGAGAGGAGAGGAGAGGAGAAAGUAAAUAAAAACAUUGUUAAAGCAGA